UUUCAGAAAAUUCGGGAAUGACAAAAUGACCGAUUUGGAGAUUUGCGAUUAUGACGAGACCACCAACAAUAGGCAAAACUGUACCGAAGACUACGGCGUAUACGAUGGAUAUACACAGACAUGCGUUCCUCUACAACUUAUACAAUUUGAAGAUGUGGAAAAUGAUGUGAAAUUGCAAAUAAUCUAUGGAAUUAUAUUGCCAGUUCUUGCGGUUCUUGUUGUUGUUUCCAAUAGUGUUGUUAUAUUGGUCUUGAGCCAGCAAAAAUCGAAAAGAGCCAGCGUGGAGCCUUUACUAUGGAUGGCAAUAUGCUCAUUAUUAAUGGCAAUUUCACCACUACCAUUUACUAUCUAUUACUACAAUUUAAGCCAUCAUUUGGACUUCAAUCAGACACUUUUCCUAUGCUAUUUGCAAAAAGUUUGCAUGGAAAUUAUGCCGUUUUUCUUCAAUAACUUAGUUCUGUUGUUCACAAUUUUAUUAGGGGUUCAAAGAUUCAUUGUUGUUCAGUACCCUCUUCAAUCCAUCAGAUGGUGCACACCAAAAAUGGUUCGAAGAUAUUCAAAAUUAAUAUUAAUACUGGCCACAUUUCUAACCGGUUUUCAUUCUCUUUAUGAUAUCCGUUUAUUAUACCAUUUUUGUAUAAAAUAUCGAGAUGAAUCAUUCUGGGUGGCGAGAUGUUUUAUUGGGUACUCUUCGUUAACUUCUGCUUUUGGCGCAGACGCUUUUUCGGCGCUCUUCGACUAUUUUCGAAUUACCAUCAACCUACUGGCCAGUGGGUUAUUAUUCGUUGUGACCAUUUUGCUGAUCCAGACAAUAAGAACACAUGAUCAUCCAAAACAGGGAGUUCACCGUCACAAAAAUCGGAAAACUUCAGCGAACACGACUAUAAUGUUGACAGUAAUCAUUAUUAUUUAUAUGCUGGCGAGAGUACCUACCACACUGCUAUUCCUACUUGUAAAACUGAUGGACUACAUUUCAGUGCCAACAAUAGCAUUUGAAGUGAUGAAUAAUAUCUAUCUACGGGUAUUUGCAAAUAUCACCACAAUAUCUCUACAUCCCAUAUCAUUUGCGAUUUAUAUGUUCAUGUCGAGGAAAUUUCGAGUUUCAAUGAGAAGGUUGUUAGGUUGGCGAUUUCUUGCAUCCGACGAAGAAUUUAAUGCAUUCACAUCAUCCACCAGAAUCCACACGGCACAUCCAAAAAUGACUCUAAUGGAGAAGGAAAGCAUAGGCAGCAGUGGGAAAGGUACUCCAUCAGUCGGACAAAAACGUGGAAUGUCCGUCGAUUUUAAGAUUUCGUUUGACGUUGAGCCCCAACGUCGUCGCCGAGCAACCACCGCCGACACGAAUCAUGUAAAUUUCCGAAGAUUCGCUGAAAAAUCGGAAAAAACGACGGAAAUUUUGAAGAUUCGAAGAGAAAAUUCGUAGUGCAAUAACAAUUUAAAUGCAAAAUCAUGCACCGAUCUCCAUGUCAAAUGCAAAUCACCGCCGGCACAAUUCUGUGAUAAUUUUAUUUUUUUUUCACUUUUUCAAUUUUUAAAAAUUUAAGAAAUUUACGACUUUUUCAAUUUUUAAAAAUUUAAUAAAAAUCAAUAAUUUAUUCCAAAAAAA